AUGGGAGCUGUUAUCAAAUUCGAAAUCGAUAGUGGCAAACUCUUUUCAAAAAGUGACGACAAGCCAGUUAAGUUCUCGGAUCGUAUCAAAUGCGUAACUAAGAAAGAUGACAAGGAUAAGGACGGGUACCAGUUCUUAUUGGAAAUCCAUGGACCACAAAAGGAGGACGAAGCUAAAUACAAAUGUGUUGUAAAGAAUGCCGAAGGACAGAAUCAGCAAUCGCUCAACCUCGUCUUUGACUAA